AUGUAUUACGAAAAAAGGGUGUUAGUUGCUGGAGGAGCUGGCUUCAUUGGCUCGAAUUUUCUUGUUCAGUUUGUCAAACGGUAUCCAAAUUAUCUGUUCAUUUGCGUUGAUUACUUCAAUUAUGCCAGUAAUCGAAACAUCAUACGUGAUUUAUCAAGCAUUGGUAAUUUCGAGUUUUUGCAAUUGGAUCUUUCGGGUCCACUAGAAAAAAUUGUGGGGUUGGUGAAAUCUUAUGCUAUUACAGAUAUAAUCAAUUUUGCUGCUGAGUCGUCUGUGGAUAGGUCGUUUCAAGAUCCGUUAUUCUUUACCAAGAACAAUAUAAUAGCAACACAGAAUUUACUUGAAUGUCAGAGGCUUUUUCCCCUGCAAAUUAAGUGGUUUCUUCAUGUUUCCACCGAUGAGGUUUACGGCGAUGAAUUGGAAAAUUGUUCAGAAGUUGCUCUGUUGAGCCCUACAAAUCCCUAUGCAGCAUCCAAAGCGGCGAUUGACCUAAUAAUCAACGCAUAUAGGAAAUCCUACAAUCUGCGUGUAACUAUAGUCCGUCUGAGCAAUGUUUUUGGACCAAAUCAAGAUUGUAAAAAAUUGAUCCCUUUGAUUAUAAAAUGUGGCAUGGACGGAACUAAUGUGCCUAUUCAUGGUGAUGGUACUAAUAAAAGGAGUUAUUUGUACAUUUCCGAUUUUCUUGAUGCAAUUGAUCUAAUAUGGCGUAAGCGUCGUGAUGAUGACACAGUAGAUGGGAUUUACAAUAUUAGUGGAGAUCUUAACCAAAUGAUUGAAAAUAGAGUCACUGUAGAGAUUAUCAAUGAAGUAUUCGGUUUCACGACAGGUAUUGAUUACGUUGAAGAUAGAAACUAUAACGAUCAAUUUUAUUCUAUUGAUUCUACAAAAGUGCAUCUGCUUGGCUGGGAGCAAAGAAUUUCUUUGCGAGAUGGGUUGGUGAUGAUGAUGCCGAUGAUGAUGAAAAAAAUUGGACCAAAAAAUUGA